AAUAAUGUUUUCCAAUAAGAAAGAAUCAGAUGCAGUAUAUAAACCUCAUAUAAGAAGUGAUUCAAAUAUGCCUUCAAUGAAUGAUGGUUCAAAACCAACUUUAAAAGUCAAAUAUAUAGACCAUAAAUAUAAGGUAAAUAAUACUUUUUUACUAUAAAGUUAUGAAGUUUAUAUAAUAUAAAUAUUCAUAAAAUAAUUUAUGCUGAUUUUUAAUACAACCGUGUUAAUUGUGUAAUAAUAUAUAUGAGUUCUUCUCUCCUUUAGCCUGGAGAGUGUAUUGUACUUGUCCAGCUAUAAUUAUUGUCUUUACAAAAGACUCCAUAAAUAAAAAAAUGUUUGUUUAUGAAAUUGUUUAAAACAAUUUAUAUUAAUAUGUAAUACAACAUAAAAAGUUGUAUUGGUUGUUAGUAUUUAAAACUGACUAAGGAACCAUAGUAGCUAGAUUUAAUUUUUAAUUUUAUCAAAUAAAAACAAAACUAUAAAUAAAUAAAUUGUUUGAUUUCCAAGGCCAAAAAUAAUAAUGUGACUAAUUUGAAUAGUGGAGAAUUUUUUUCUAAGUUUUGUUGUUUACCACCUCCUAGGCGGAAAAUCUACAAUUUUGGUUUAUCCUCGUACUUUGAUAAUAAAUAUAAAGUAUGUACCUACCUAUAUUGUAAAAUAUAUAUAUAUUUUUUUUUUAAUAUUAUUUAGACUGUUGUUUUAGCAUAUAGUUUGAAUUUUAGAUAUGAAAUGUAUCGUAUUUUAUUGAGUACCUAUAUUUUUGAUACUUUUUGAAAGCAUUAUUUAUAAAAAUUAUUUUUCAAGAAAUUAGUCUUUUUUGGUAAUAUAGGUUUAUGUGUAAUAUUAAAUUUUAGUAUUUUGCAUUUUAGUUGUUUAUUACAUAAGUAAAUUUGUGUUUGAAAAUGUAUUUGAAUGUUAAAAUAAAUCAAUAAUAGUUUUGAUUUAUUCAUUUAUUUUUAUACAAGGGGACUACUUCUGAAUACAAGAAGAAGCUCGAAGAAUCUACUACUCUUUAUAUUGGAAAUCUAAAUUUACUUUCUACUGAAUCUGAUGUUCAAAAACUAUUUUCAAAGUGUGGUAAAAUAAAAACCAUUAUUAUGGGAGUUGAAAAAAAAACAUUAGCUCCUGGUGGAUUUUGUUUUGUUGAGUAUGUAUAUAAACUAAAUAUUUUAAAAUUUGUCUCUGUUAGAAAAAAAAAUUUAAAAUUAAUAAUUGUAGGUACUUGAAAAAUUAUUUAAAAAAAAUAACCCUUUAAUUAAUUUAGUAUUUGUAAAGUAAAGGUUUUGUAAAUAUUUAAGUUGGGUGUUAAAAAAACUUCCAAUCAUAUUUUGAAGUACUAUUUUUUUUUACCUCACAUUUUUUGGAGCGGUAAAAAUGUUUAAAAAGUUUAUCUAGUACUUUAAUAGAUAAGCAAUUUAAGUAACACUUGAUUAAUUAGCCAAGUAUACUUAAAGAUAUAAUUUAUAAAAAUUUUAAAUUACCAAUCCCAAAAAUCAAAAUUUAACAAAUAUCAAGUUGACAGUGUUUAUAUUUUAAUUUUGAAUGAUUGCUACAAUAAUACAUUGUUGUUUUUAAUAUUUAAAACAAAUUACCUAUUCUUUUUUUGUAUUACCAAAAAAAUGUUUUUGAUAAUUAUUAGUGUUAUAAUUAAAUAUAAAAGUGGAAUACAUUUAUUGAGUUUAGUUAUUUAAGAUAUAUAUAAUGUUAUUUGUUAAAGAUAAUUCUUAUAUUAUGUCUCACUUUCUAAAGAAAUCAAUAUAUGUAUAUAUACAUACAAAAUUGUAUAUAUGUACAAAAUUUGAAUUCUAAAAUUAUCAUAAUUUAGAUAUGAGACACGUGAAGCUGCUGAAAUUUGUAUAAAGACUCUGCAAAAUUACUUGUUAUAUGGAAAAAAAUUAAUAAUCGAUUGGGAUGCAGGUUUUGUUGAAGGACGUCAGUAUAGCCGUAAUAAAUUAAGUCAAAGACCUAUUGUGUAUUACCCAUUAUAAAAGGUAAUUUUUACUUUUGAACUUAAAAGCAUUUUUAAUUUUUUGUGAUUUUUUUGCUGUAAUUCGGUUAUAAAUAAGAGACUUAAAACUUGGUAAUAAUACUUAUAUUAGACUUACUUAGAAGUGGAAAAUUUCCAAAAUUAUCGGACUUUUUUUUUUUUAAUAAGCAUUUUGAAAUCAAAUUUAAACGAAAACCGCAAAAAAAAAAUUACGGCACUUCAAUUUAUAAAUUACCAAAAUGCGCCCGGAAUCGUCUUUCAUCAAGCAAUGGUUUUUCGUUGCUUAUAUGAAAUAACCUUAUAUAUCCUACCUUCUCAACUUCUCACCUACAAUCUACCUGUCAUCUAUAAUAUCGGCUUUUUUUUACAUUGGUAUUGUAUUUAAAAAAAAAAAAAAUUGUUAUUGAAUUAAGUCUUCCUGUAAUGUAUUUGAACUAUAUUUGUCAAAUGUAUGACACUUUUAAUGUUUACUUAUGCUAAGUAAAUUUUAUUUAAAUGCAGUAUGUGCAAAUAAUUAAUAUUCUAUUUUUCCUUAGGUUAAUUGUUGUCAUGAUGAGAGGCACAAGACUUUCAAUAUUUUGUUAAAAUAUAAAAAUUUAAGUAACCAUUUAUUGUUCUCCCU